AAUUAAUGAAGUUUGUUUCUGGAAACUUCAUGUGGGUGGUAUUUUGGGAAUGAAAACUGGCUCACCUAUGGCAUCGCUCUGAAGAACCGCUUUGAUAUCCUCGUUUUUAGCAGUUUGAUAGUCACGUUAAGAGUCCGAAGCCCUCUAUGAAAUCUCCCACUUCUCGUUAUCGUAACCGCAUACCUGCAGAGCCCGAAGAAUGAAUACCAGCGGAAGUGAUAACGAGGACGGUGAGCUCCGUGCCAGGCAGGGAUGAAAGAUGCCGCGGCGGAGCUCCUGGGACACAGGGAGGCGUUAAAAUGCAGGCUCGGGGCAGGUGGAUCAGACACCGGGCACCCUGGUGAUUUGGCCCCGGGAUCUGACACCGUUGAAGGGACCACUCUUCUCCCUGGGGACGACAUUACCAACGCAGGAUCAAACCCAUCUGCCGUCCAGGUCAACAGCAAGGACCAAGACAAACAGCAACAACAACCAAACCAGAACCAGUCCGGCGGGCAGCAAAGCCAGCAGAAACAAAAGCGACACAGGACCCGAUUUACACCAGCCCAACUUAACGAACUGGAGAGAAGCUUCGCUAAAACACACUACCCCGAUAUUUUUAUGAGGGAAGAACUGGCACUGAGAAUCGGGCUAACGGAGUCCCGGGUUCAGGUUUGGUUCCAGAACCGCCGCGCCAAGUGGAAGAAGCGCAAGAAGACCACGAACGUGUUCCGCGCCCCCGGCACAUUGCUCCCGACCCACGGCCUCCCUCAGUUCCCGUCAGCAGCCGCCGCGGCCGCGGCCGCCAUGGGCGACAGUCUCUGCUCGUUUCACGCCAACGACACCCGCUGGGCGGCGGCCGGGAUGCCCGGCGUGUCGCAGCUGCAGCUCCCCCCGGCACUGGGUCGGCAGCAGGCCAUGGCCCAGUCCUUGUCACAGUGCAGCCUCGGCGCCGGGCCACCUCCCAACUCCAUGGGCCUGUCCAGUAGCCUGUCGGCGGCCUCCAACGGUGCGGGGCUGCAGUCCCACCUCUACCAGCCCGCCUUCCCCGGCAUGGUGCCCUCGUCCCUCUCGGGCCCCACUAACGUGACCGGCUCGCCGCAGCUGUGCAGCUCCCCGGAUAGCGACGUGUGGAGAGGAACGAGCAUCGCGUCCCUGCGCCGCAAAGCGCUCGAGCACACAGUGUCCAUGAGCUUCACCUAGUGCCGAGGAGACCGCCGAGGAGGCCCUGCUGCACCCCACCCGUCCCCGCUACUCUCGAGAACACGCCGGGGGGCUUACUCAGGAUUUGAAACACGGAACAAGAACAAAAAAAAAAAAAAAGAUCUAUAUGUAUAUCUAUAUAUAAAUGUACACCAAGACUGGUUGUGUAUAACGAUUUAAAACGAAAUCCCAAGUCGCGAACUACACGAGCAAACACUGAGGGCAACGUAAAGCAAGCGUCCGGGACUGGAACACCGCAGCGUCUGUUCAGAGCUGAUUAGAAAGACUAGAUCAAUUUGUUUUGUACUUUUGCUUUUUUCAGCGAACACUGCACUCACUUUGAAAAAACAAAAAUGUACGUAUGGUAUGUAUGGCUGAAUGUGUUUCUUUAUUUUGUUCGCCCACGCUCCCCUUUUCCUUCAUUAUUUCGAUGUUUAAUAGCUAAUUGAUUGGAGCAGUACGAUGGGAUUUGGGUCACUGGUGCCUACACAACUUCAGAAAUUAACAGCAUAGCUAAAAUGGACCUCGACAGUCAAACUGUUUGACCAAGACUCAAUAUGGCAAGGUGGGCAUCCCUGGAAAUGCCACCUGCACUAACCGCAUGCGUGGGCACACAGGCCAAUGCUGGCAUAACCAGGGCACGCGAGUAUGAGAUUGAUACACAAGAAGUGUGUACAGCGAAUGAAAUACACCGUUAAUUUAAUACAACAGCUUUGUCUGCAUGUGCUGACCAGGAGAAAACACUGGAGAGAAAAACAAACAAAAAAAAAAACAAACUUUAUAAAUAAGAAGAAAAAAAAAUGACAACAACAAACAAGCAAACCUUUGAAAAUAAAAUCUGUGAUCUAGGAUGUUUUGUGUAGAUAAAGCAUUCUUGUGACCGACUGGUCAAUUUGUGAUAUGUUCUAAUUUAUUGUCUGUGCUUAUUUAUUGAAAAAUGGGUUUCUUAUUAAAUGUUUGACCUUAUAUUAAAACAGCAAAUUUGAUUUUCCUGAACAGGUUUAUAUCAA